AUGUCUUCCGCCAUCACCCCUACUCGUCGAACAGGCGACAAAAAGCCGGGUGCGUGCCGCGCAGAGAACAACAAAAUAUACGCCCAUCCCCUACCGCUCACCUUCACUCGCCACAAUGCUCCAAAUCCCAGCCAAUAUGUCUUGGGUCUGUUCGGAUUAUGGAGAGCUGACCUCCUCAACCCGCGUUGUGUCGGCGUUUUUGACCCAGUAACGUGCUCCGUAUGGGUAUCCAAUACUCGGGACUCCACGAUCCUCUGGAGGCGAGGAUUCUUCGGCAAAGGAGACCUCUCGCGCAGUGAGCCAUCUUGGCGGACAAGGCAGUUUAAUGCCAGAAAGGCUGCAGGGAAAUACAUGACUUCGGAGGAAAUCAGGGAGAAGCGCAGGGCCGAACGCAAGCAAUUUAAACUCGACCGAGCUGCAGCUAUCGCACGAGCAGCCGAGGAAGCUGAAGUUGCCUUUGUGGAAGGGCGGCAGGCCCCUGCUGCCUUCAUUCCAUCGGGAGCUACUUGGAAACCACCGCAGCCAUCUGCAGAAGGCGAGAAAAUAAGUCCUCCUUCGCCUGCACUCGGCCACGGUACGGAUACUGAAGAGGACUCACUGGACGACAUUGAACAUCUCCAACUCACUCUGCAAGAGGCAUUUUUUCUUGCGUGGAGUUUGGAUUGCCUGACUGUGCUCAAUCCUGUCACGAUGGAGCCGAUGAGUCUCCAGAAAAUCUGGGAUGACUUCCAGAGAGCGCAAUCUCACCACCAUACACAACCGCCAGACACGAUCAUACGUCACUUAAGUCGAUUUGACAAUCCCUUCCUUGUUUUUUAUGCGGCUUACCACUACUAUCGUUCCUUGGGAUGGGUGGUCAAGGGAGGUGUCAAAUUCUGUGUGGAUUAUCUCCUAUACAAGCGAGGACCCGUCUUCCAUCACGCUGAAUUUGCUGUGGUGGUACUCCCCGUAUACGAGGAUUUAGCAGAUAGAGAGACGUCACCCUUGUCGCCAUUUUCCUGGGCGUGGUUGAGUACAAUCAAUCGUGUGAAUUCGCAAGUACAGAAGACACUUAUUCUGGCAUAUGUGACGAUACCUGCGCAAUCGAAGUGCUCAUCCGAUUUGCUUGCAUCACCUGCAUGUCUCGCGCAAUACACUGUUCGCGAGGUGGUCGUGCGGAGAUUCAUACCAGCUCGCAUGCGCGAUUGA